AUGACCAACGACAAGGCUGCACCCGCCUUCAUGGACCUCCCGCUCGAGGUGCGACACUCCAUUUUCGAGCAUGUGGCCGCGCGCGACGUCAAGCCUAAGAAGCUGCUCCGCUACUGGUUCGAGAAGAAAGAGGUCAAGGAACUCGUUGCCCAAGACGCCAUUGACAACCCCAACGGUCCCACCCCGCGCGUCGUAUACGCCAACGACUACGAUGAUUACGAUGACGAGAGUGCUGUAAGCGACCACAACAGUGAGGAGGAUGAUCAAGAAGAGAACGAAGAUGCCGCGGAGGACAGCGAAAACGAGGACGAGGACGAAGACGAAGAUGGAAAUGAGGACGAAGGAGCAGAGCAGGAAGAUGGCAAUAAUGAGGAUGAAGCUGAAGAUGAGUCUGAGUCUGACUUGGACGGCGAAGAUGAGGACGAUGAGGUAGAAGGAGCUGUCGCCGGCGCGCACGAUACCCAGUCGGCAACUGCUAGCGUCCACGUUCCAGCCCAAGCUACGGCUCAAGUUGACCCCGACCACCACUCCGAAGACGGGAUGGCAGCGGAAGAACCUGGACAAGGACAUGCCGGUGAGGGUGACAGCGAGGAUGAGGGCGACAACGGCGAAGAGACCGAGGGUGCCCAGCUACACAAUGACGAAGAGGCCGAAGGCGAUAGCGAGGGCGACGAAGAUCUGACUGAUGACGGCGGCAACGCUGCUGCUACAGUCGUUGCGGCUCAGCCUCCUCCUCCCCCAGCACCCGUAUUCCGACCCCAUAACAAGUGGCGCCACAUACCGAACUUCAUGCGCAUCACUCACUGUCCUCCGCCGGUCCAGCUCCUGCUGGCCUCCCGCCAGCUGAACAACGAGGCAAAGAACUGGUUCUACGAUGCUUUCAGCCAGAUCACCGACGCUGCCUUUUCUCCUAUGGAGAACAUUCGAAAGGUUAAUAUAACUUUCGUUUGGGAUUCAGCCUGGAUCCGCGCCGACACUAUCGACUCCAUCGAGGCCAUCUUCCCUGCCCUUCUUCGCCAGCGCUCCAAUUUCGUAUUCGAGAUCCUGUUGAAGGCGCCAGACUUGCGAGAGGUCGUCAUUCAUUGGCACGACUCCAUUCAAGACGACGAGAGCGCUAACCUCAUGCUCGACAAUCUUGCACCCUUCCAUACGUUGGGCGCUACCGUCAACAUCAUCGAGCACUACAUCGCGGCGGACGCCAAGCCCAAAAAGCGUAGUAUCGCUGGCAAGCGUCGCGUCGAGUUCCAAAACAUACUUGACAUGGGUCUUGAUCGGCUCUUCUAA